AUGAAGAUGCUAGUGUGGAAUUGUCAAGGAGCCGGUAACAGUGUGUUUAAGUGUACUUUGCACAAGCUUUUGAAAAGCCAUAAUCCAUCCAUCAUUGUUCUUAUGGAGACCAAGGUUCAACUCAGUUCAAUGGGCCUCUUUUUCAACAAUCUGGGAUUUAUUGCCUGUACAUACGUUGACUCGGUGGGUAAGUGUGGAGGCAUAUGGCUCCUUUGGAACCCUUUCAAAGUAACUGUUAUGGCCUUGGAAGCUAAUCCUCAAGUUAUUCACGCCAAAAUCAAAUGUGACCAUUUUCCUGAUUGGAUACUUUCGACGGUUUACACUAGCCCCAACCCCAGAAACCGUGACAUUUUGUGGGAUAAUUUAGAAUCAAUGGCAGAUAACAUGUCUGAACCUUGGUUGGCUGUUGGUGAUUUUAAUGACUUUGCUAGUCAAAACGAAAAAAGGAGCUUUGUGCCUUCACAUAGCCAUGCCAGAACCAGGAAGUUUGCUGCCAGGUUGAAUCGUUGUAAUCUUAUGGAUUUGGGUUAUUCAAGACCUAACCUUACCUGGACUAAUGGGCGGUAG